AUGGCUGCCCGGCAAGGCGUGCCACUGGGUGUUCCCGUCUUUCUCCCGGCCGGCCUGGGCCCCCUGGCGGCCUUUGGGAGCCUGAGGUCCCUGCUCGGCCCCGCCCCCUCCCGCAGCGCCGCAGCAGCGAUCGCCCUGGCUGGGCCCCUGACAGGUCUGGCUGCCAGCUGCUCUGUGCUCCUGGUGGGCCUGCACUUCACGAUGCAGGGCUGGGGCGGGCUUAACAUGACCCUGGACGCCUUUGACGAGGCGGGGCCCCUGGGCGCCGUCGUGCACGCCGUUCUCGACCACGGGGACGCUGCAGCCGCGACCCUGGACUGCCACCCCUGGCUGGUCGCCGGGGCUGGCGGCGUGCUCAUCAAUGCCCUGGCCCUCGUACCAGCAGGGGACACCGACGGCGGGCGACUGGCGACCCACAUCCUGGGGCGGGAAGCUGCCAUGCGGCUGUCCCUGCUCUCGCUGGCCCUGCUGGGCGCGCUGGGCUGGGUCAACCAGCUGGCGGACUGGUGGCUGCCGGCCCUCCUGAUCCUGCAUGGCUCACCUCCGGCCUUGUGCACCGACGAGGUCACCCCCGUGUCGAAGGACCUGAAGCUGGCCGGCCUCCUCUGCCUGUGCCUGCCAGCCGCCAUGCUGGUCCCCCGCUUCGGGGGCAGCUGA